AUGGGCGGCACCACGGUGCUCCCGCCGUCUCUGCUCCCGCGUCGUAGCGCCGCCGCCUCCGCCGACCUGCACUCCUGCUCCUCCCGCGUGCGUGUGAACCCCGCCUUGAUGGCGAACCCCGCGGCUGCCAUGAAGCCAAAGCGCCCCGGAUCCGUGCGCGGCGAGCAACUGCCGCCGGCGAAGCGCGUACGCGGUGCCUGCUCCGGGGGCCAGCUCCAUGUCGCCGUCCCCGCCAACAUCAAGAACGGCAGCAAGCUUCCGUCUCCCAGCAGCGGCAAGGAUCCGCUCCACUCCUCCGCAAUCAAGAACCAGGUCGCCGAAUCUCCGGACAGCUCGACGCAAUCGAAGCCGCCGAUCAGCAUUCGCCAACUGAUCGAGAACGCUCGCCUCGUCAUGGAUUGGGCGCACCCUGCAGCCGAAGAAGAGGCCAGCCGUCGGCGGCACAUCGAGCGCAGCAGAGCGGAGGCCCGGCGAAAGGUGGAGCGGAUGGCGGACACGGUGCAGUUCAACGACCCCUGGAUCCAUUACUCCGACGUGACCAAGUCCCCUGAGGAGCUGCUCAAAGCAAGACAGCACGCAUGGCGUUAUCAAGCUCACCUCCCGAGAUGGCUCGUCGACGGGACUUUGCUCAAGCGAUGCAAAUCCACGGUUGAGCGCUCGGGUGAUCGAAGCAGAGGAAGAAAUCAUCAGCAGUGCAGGCUUGCUGGUGGUAGUCUUGCAUCAGAGGAAGCAAAGCAGAGGAAGCAGAGGAAUCAUUAG